CUCGAGGUCUGGAAGAUCCCCAUUUCUCUUCUUGGAAAAAUGUCCAGGCAGCCCCCCUUCCGCCCAGAGCUAGACCUAACGCCGCAAGCACCGAGGCGGGGGGGCGGGGGGGGAAGGGCCGCGGGGCGCCCCGAGGCCCUUGCUCCCGCGCCCCCCGGGCCGCCGCCGCCCUAUCCCGGCUGGGCUUCUGGCCCAAAGGAAGCUCCGGGGACGAUUUCUGGAAACUCCAAACAGCCCCGGCGCCUCGUUGGGGGAUCUCAGCACUUGCAAGUGAAGAAGCAGCACAACCCUUUAUCUUGGGUUAUUUCCUGUGGAGAGACUCCAACACUUUAGCAGCCAGGCUCCUGGGCCUCUGGGACCCUCACCACAUCACAUCCUUCACCUUCAGGAGCAGAGCGCCUUUGGGAAACAGAUUUCUAAAAGUGCAGGUGGGCCAGCCAUGAGAGGGUACCUAGUGGCCAUAUUCCUGAGUGCUGUCUUUCUCUAUUAUGUGCUGCAUUGUAUAUUGUGGGGAACAAACAUCUAUUGGGUGCCGCCUGUGGAAAUGAAGCGGAGAAAUAAGAUCCAGCCUUGUUUAGCGAAGCCAGCUUUUGCCUCUCUCCUGAGGUUUCAUCAGUUUCACCCUUUUCUGUGUGCAGCUGAUUUUAAAAAGAUUGCUUCCUUGUAUGGUAGCGAUAAGUUUGAUUUGCCCUAUGGGAUAAGAACAUCAGCGGAAUAUUUUCGACUCGCUCUUUCAAAACUGCAGAGUUGUGAUCUCUUUGAUGAGUUUGACAAUGUGCCGUGUAAAAAGUGCGUGGUGGUUGGUAAUGGAGGAGUUCUGAAGAAUAAGACAUUAGGAGAAAAAAUUGACUCCUACGAUGUCAUAAUAAGAAUGAAUAAUGGUCCUGUUUUAGGACAUGAAGAGGAAGUUGGGAGAAGGACAACCUUCCGACUUUUUUAUCCAGAAUCUGUUUUUUCAGAUCCCAAUCACAAUGAUCCUAAUACUACAGCGAUUCUCACGGCUUUUAAGCCUCUUGACUUAAAGUGGCUGUGGGAAGUGUUGACGGGUGGCAAAAUAAACACUAACGGUUUUUGGAAGAAACCAGCUUUAAACUUGAUCUACAAACCUUAUCAAAUCAGAAUAUUAGAUCCUUUCAUUAUCAGAAUGGCAGCUUAUGAACUGCUUCACUUCCCAAAAGUGUUUCCCAAAAACCAGAAACCCAAACACCCAACAACAGGAAUUAUUGCCAUCACGCUGGCCUUUCACAUAUGUCACGAAGUUCACCUUGCUGGUUUUAAAUACAAUUUUUCUGACCUCAAGAGCCCUUUACACUAUUAUGGGAACGCGACCAUGUCUUUGAUGAAUAAGAACGCAUAUCACAAUGUGACAGCGGAGCAGCUCUUUUUGAAGGACAUUCUAGAAAAAAACUUUGUAAUCAACUUGACUGAAGAUUGACCCUACAGACUCUGCAGAUGAUGCUAACAGUAUUAGUUUUAUUUUUAUACUGCAAUUUUUAGUUUAUUUUUAAAUAUGUUGGAUGCACUUGUCAAAAAAUUGUGUAUAGUCAGUCUAUUGCUGCCUGGUGAUUCAUAACCACCAGCUUAAUUUCUGUGAAUAUAUUUAAUUUAUAAAAACCAAGAAGAUAUGCUUAGAUAUCCGGGAAGUUUUGAUUGCGUUGUUUUUAAAACAACCUUAGUUCUCUGAAGUGUUUUUAAACAUCUUUUUUAAUAGUUACUUCAUCUUUGACUUCUGAGGGCAUGUGACGUCCAAGUAAGGGGCUUUAUUUAGCCUGACCACCACAAACUCGGAACAGAGUUGGUGGAGGAUUCGGCUACUGUAAAUUGGUGGGGAAUGGCCACGUGGUUGUGCAAACUGGAACCGGUUUAGGCAAGUAUCGAGUUCCUUUUUACUGAACCGGAGGAAACGGAUUUGAACCUUAAAGCAGGCCCGACCAUAGCAGUAGGUACGGUUAUGAAAUCUAAGAUCAUAAUGGUUUCAUUAAGCUUUUUUCCCCUGCAAUUAAGUAAACCAGAUUAUAACGAGUAAUCUGGUAAAUGAAAGGUGUUUUUGUUUUUAAGGUAGAGGAAACAGGCUACAUGUGAAAUUCUGGAUGAGUAAACAACCUAGGAAUACAAUUACUAAAGUCUGGUGGCUGCAUUACUUUAAAGUUCAUACAAAGAAGCAGAGCUAGGCCACCUCAAGGAGACAGUUCUUAAACGUCAUCUUUUGCCUGCCUUAAUAUGUUAAAAUUUGGAAGUUUACUAUUUGAAAUAGGAAAGAUGAAUACGGCGCAGUAGGUAAAUCCUUCAGACUCCUCAGGCUGUUUUUGGAUUUAAAUGAUCCUUUCGUGAAAAAUCUCACUUGUCCACGGUGAAAUCCCAUCUUCAAAGGGAAGGCUUACCCGGCUACCUAGGGUGCAAAGAGUCCUGCUGGAUGCAGACAAGUCAAAACCAGCCUGUCCAACAAACGUGCGCCUGUCUCUCUUCUCACUUAAUACAAGAGGGAUGGAAUGAACAGCUCUCGGAAGAGGUAAGAGUUGAAGGACUUGUUGUCCUCUGAGCGAUAAUCAUCACGGAGAGACACUGCUGGUGUUCCUGAAAACCAGCCUGCCUCUCUGAGUCUCAGAGACAAAAUAUGAGAGCAGCCACUGGGAUAAAUCGUGAAGCGCAGCGUAAGGGGGGGAGAAGCCUCGUAGUUGAUUGAACCCAUGUCUACGUGGCUUCAGCUGAUUCCCCUGUAACGGAGGUGGAAAGUUCCCACACAUACGCAGCUGCACGCUGCAGCCUGGCGGCUGGGAUUCUGUGGGUGGACUCAUUCAGGCUACAAAGACGGUCCUGGCUGCAGUCAAAGUGAAAAACCCCAGGUGGCAUUUUCAAGUGUUUAUGGACUGAAAUAAUGGCUGUACGGUAUCUGGCGGAUGCUCAACUUGAGGAAUCGGCAUUUUUGUACAGUAGGAGCUGAGGCUACAAACCUCAGCGUGGCUUCACAUAAGCCAGAAGAAACUCUCAGCCCGACACAUAUGUACAAUUUAUUAAAAACACAUGAACACGUUAAAAUCUCACUAUUUAUACAAUCUACAUUCUAGCAACAUAUACAAAUACCGAGUGACUACAGUACAUGCCGAGGUAAGAAAAGUACAUUCGGGGAGACUAUCACUGACACUCAAGCCAUUUUUAUUUCCAAUAUGUUUUGCUUUCACCUUUCCCAAUGCCAAAAAUAAAAAAAAAAAAAAACAAAAACCUAGUCACAAAUUGGAGUAAAUAAGAAUUGGUGCCAGUUGAUCUAAAAAAAAAAAAAAAAACAAAA